AUGGAUCCCGCAGGCCUCGUCUGGAUCGUCACCGGCGGCAAGUCCGGCCUCGGUGCCGCAGUCGCUCACGCCCUCCAGGCUCGCAACGCCUACGUCGCCGUCCUCGACCUCAACGCCUCGCCCGACGACGACAACCACGCCGCGCCCAACCUCGCCCACUUUCAGUGCGACGCAGGCGACGAGCCCAGCGUCAAGCACGCACUCGACGCCGUAAAGGCCCACUGGAAGGGCAAGAAGUGGGGCGGUGUCGUCCACGCCGCCGGCGUCGGCAUGGCGGGCAAGACGGUCGGCAACGAUGGCCAGCCCUUCUCCUUCGACGUCUUCCAGGAGGUGCACCGCAUCAACCUCCUCGGCUCGUUCCUCGUCGCGUCCAACGUCGCCGCCAUCCUCGCCGCACAAGGCGGCACCAUCCCUCGCGACGCCGACCCGAGCACGAUCAAGGAUCGCGGCGUCAUCAUUUUGACGAGCAGUGUCAGUGCGACCGAGGGCCAGAUGGGACAAGUCGCCUACGGGAGCAGCAAGGCGGCCGUCGAGGGCCUGGUCCUCCCCAUGGCGAGGGACCUCGCGCGUUACGGUAUCCGGGUCAUGAACAUCGCGCCGAGCCUCUUCUCGACCGCCAUGGGCAAGGGCACGUCCGACAAGGUCCGCGCCGGGCUUCUCGCCGGCACGCUCCACCCGCCGAGGUUCGGCGAGGCGCGCGAGUUUGGCCAGCUCGCGCUCGCCAUCAUCGAAAAUGGGUACCUCAACGGCGGCACCAUCCGAAUCGACGGUGGCGGGAGGAUGGCCAAGGCUUGA